AUGAGCCAUUCAUUGGUAUCUUCAUUCAAUAAUAGAAAAAAAUUAAUAGAUGGGGAUUCUUCAACAGCAAUAUCCACCAUUUUUCAAUCAAAUUUAGCUUGUGUUUUAAACGAUCCAAAAAAGACACGUGCAGAAAUCUCAACAUUUUUUACUAAAACAUGGGGUAAUUCAUUUAUUGAUCGUUCACCUGAUCAACUAACACGUCUUGGCGAUUAUAGUCUCAAUGAUUUUGAAACAUAUUUUAAUAGUUUAAGAAAAAGUGAAAAAUAUGGUCGACCACGUAUGCGACAAAAUUCAUCAAAUGAUUCAAAUAUUUCACAAAAACCGAAUUCAGUUAUCAACAUUCCACAAUUAUUUUUUUCAUCACAAUUUACACUAAGUGAUACAUCCACAUUUAAUCUUGUUUUUCCAGGAAUAAUUCCAAUAAGUCGUCAACUAUCUCCUAUACAUUUUGAACAGCAAAAAACAAGAACAACAUCAACAAGUAGUGAGAAAUCAGAAGGAAGCAAUAGAAGACAAUCAACUUCGUCAGCAACUAAUACCACCAAAGUAACCACCAACGGAACACUUAGUGGUUCUGUAUCCAAUUCUUCCUCACCAAAACAUUCAAUAAGUUCAACAACCCGUUUAUUACAAGAUAAAUAUACUCAUUAUUUAGAUGAAGUUGAAUUAUUAAUUACACGUGCAUUAUCAACAAAAUCUCAUUGUUUUCAUGAUGCUGUUCGUUCUCAUGAUGAAAUUCAAUCAUUUUUAAAUACAACACGUCAUGCAAUAUCGUCCUUACGUGGUGAAUUAUCAAAUUAUGAUUCUCAAUCUUUAUUGACACUACUUCGUCUUUAUCGUUUACUUCGUCAACGACAAAAUCAAAGGCAACUUCUUAAACGUUUAGAAUCUUUAUCUAUUGUGAAACAAACUCAUAUACAAGUUCGAGCUUUACUAACAACAAGUGAUUAUUUAUCGGCUUUGGAUUUAAUUGAUGUAACACGAGAGAUCCUUUCAACACAAUUGAACGAUCUUGUUUGCUUAAGAUUUUAUGAUACACAAUUAAAUGAAUAUUAUUUACUUAUUAUUAAUCUUAUGAGACAAGAAUUCGGCCAAUAUUUAACUAAUCAAUUGUUAGCACAGCAAGAUUUAAUACUAUCAAAUGAUUAUGUUGAAGAAGAUAAACUAAUAACAAUUCUGAUUGGAUUAAUUCGUGUUAAUGAUGACAAAUACAUUGAUGAAAUUCGAUCAAAAUUUGAACAAUUCAUAUUGGAUAUUAUUGAACGAGCAAUAUCAUCAAAUUCAAAAGAUAUUUAUUUAGAAAAAUCAAAUAAAACAACAGCUAAGACUAAUAGUGAACAAUCUUCACUGAACGAAGAAUCCUCUACAAUUCCUCGAUACAAUUAUCCAUCAUCAAUAAAUUCUAAUUCUGGUUCAUUUUCUUCAUGGAUUCGAUUAGCUACUUUAAUUCUAACAUCAACUGAACAAGGUCUUUAUCGUCUUAGAAAUCUUUCUCAAUAUAUAAACGAUGCACUUUUAAAGCAUCAAUUAAAAAUUACUUCAUCAAUAGGAUCACUAUUAAAUAAUAUUUACGAUACAGUACAAGCUCGUCUAACAGAUGUAUUAACGCAAGAAUGUGCACGUUAUCAAGUUCAUUUCGAACGUUUAUCACUUGAUGAAUAUUCACAAAUAGUUAAAUUAAUUGAAAAUUUCAUAUUGAAUGUAAAUGGCGAUGAUAAAAAAUACAAAUCUCGGCCAUUCAGAACAUUUUUACAAUCACAAACAAGUAAAUUUUUAACUCAUUUUCAUGAUGAAAGAAAACAACGUGUUGUAACUACAUUAGAUAAUGAACAAUGGAAACAAGUUCCCGUUCCUCGUUCAAUUCAAAAUUCAGUUGAUGAACUAUUCAAUUUAUCAUCUUCAAUGAAUUCAAAUGGAUCAGAAACAUUAACUAUUGAUAAUGAACAUUUUAUUUUAUCAAAUAGUGCACUUCAUCUUUUUAUGUUGGUGCUUGAUUAUUGUUCGUGUGCUCAAUUAUUAACUUCAUCAUCAAUAAAUGAUGUUGAACAUCGUCUUAUUGAAUUACUUAAUCUUUUUAAUUCUAAAACAUGUCAAUUAGUAUUAGGAGCUGGUGCAGUUAAAUUAGGAAAAAUAAAAACUAUUUCAGCUAAGAUUCUUGCCAUUACGUGUCGAUGUUUACAAUUUAUUAAAAUAAUUUUACCCAAAAUUAAAUCACAUUAUGAUCAAUUGCAGGUUUCAUCUGAAUCUAUAUCAACAAUUUCAUCUAUUUCAUCUGCUAAACAAUUUGAACAGCUGGCAAAACUUUAUUCGGAACAUAUCGAUGAAAUUCAUGGAAAAUUAAUUUCGAUAAUUGAAACAACGUUUGGUGAUACACUUUCAUCAUAUGAAGUUCGUGCGCCAAUGCCAAGUGAUUGUUUUCGUACACUUGUAACACGGCAUAUAACUGCUUUUUACAAUGCUGUCGCACGUAUUGUUUCACCUAGUGAUCUUAUUCUACUUUUUACUCGUCUUAAUUCAAUAUUUAAACAGCUAUUAGCGAAACGUCUACGACAACUUAGAAUUGCUAAUGAUGGUGGACCUCAACAUGGACUCUUAACAAGUGAUCUUUUGUAUUAUAUUAAACAAGUUCAAAGUUUUCCUGGACUCGAAAUGUUGGAAUUGCAUGUUGAUGAAAUUUGGACGAUCAAUUAA